CUUAGGAGACAUGCUCCUUUGUAUUGCAGAGAAAUACACAGCAGCAUGUUACUGCUGGCAGGAGAGAGACCUGUGUUGUUUACACACAGGUCUCUCCCCUGGGAGUCAUGGAUCAUGUGUCUCUGUAGAGCUGAGAACACGAUCCAUGAUUUCCCCUAGUUAAAUCACCACCUAGUGUACACUAGGCACAUAGCUAGGCGCAUACGUAACCCUUUGAUUGCCCUAGAUGUUAACCCCUUGCCAACCAGUGUCAUUAAUGCAGUGAUUAGUGUAUAUUGUUCACACUGUAUCAGUGUCACUGGUUCCCACAAAGUGUCAGUUAGUGUAAAAAUCUCCACCACAAUAUCGCAGUCCCGCUAUAAGCCGCUGA